GCACACUGCGCAUUGCACAGCAACAGUCAGGCACCAAGCAAACCCUUCUCUCCAAAAGCAGGACACCAUCACUAGGCAGGCAUGCAAGUAGAGUAGACCACCAGCACACUACUACGUACAAUUGAAUCCUCAAAAGCACUGCAUGCUUUGCCCCUGUCCCGUCCUCUCCUCCUCUUUCUUGCAGCAUCUCUAGCUAGCUCUCGAUAAUCUUGCACAGUUCAUAGUAGCCGAAGCAACAAGAAAGAAUCAAGAAGCUAGAGAGGAAGGUGAUCACAGAGCUUAAUUGCAAGCAGCAAGAAAUCAAGAAGAGGUAGGUGAUCGAGGAGGAAGAAAGGUAGCAGUAGCAGCUAGCAAGGAUGGUGGCGAGGAGAGGAGGGGAGGCGGCGGCGGCGGAGGAGGAGGCGGCGGGGUGGGAGGGGGAGAAGGAGGCGGAGAUCGACUACGUGUUCAAGGUGGUGGUGGUGGGCGACUCGGCGGUGGGGAAGACGCAGCUGCUGGGGCGCUUCACCAAGGACGAGUUCUUCCUCGACUCCAAGUCCACAAUCGGCGUCGAGUUCCAGACCCGCACCCUCACCCUCCACCGCAAGCGCGUCAAGGCCCAGAUCUGGGACACCGCCGGCCAAGAAAGGUACAGGGCGGUGACGAGCGCGUACUACCGCGGCGCGCUGGGCGCCAUGGUGGUGUACGACAUCACGCGGCGGCGGACGUUCGAGAACGUGGCGCGGUGGGUGGAGGAGCUGCGGGCGCACGCCGACGGCUCCACCGUCGUGGCGCUCAUCGGGAACAAGGCCGACAUGCCGGCGAGCCGCCGCGAGGUGGCCGCCGACGAGGCCGCGCGGUUCGCGGAGGAGCAAGGGCUCUUCUUCUCCGAGGCGUCCGCGCUGUCGGGCGACAACGUGGAGCGCGCCUUCCUCACGCUCCUCGAGGAGAUCUUCGCCGUCGUGUCCCGCAGGGCGCUGGAGCUCGACGAGGCACGGCGGAUGCGCAACGGCGGCGCCGGCGCCGGCGGCGAGGUGCUGUCGCUGAAGGGGACCACGCUGGACGUCGGCUCCAUCAUGGAGACCAGCGCCAUGAAGAAGAGCUCGCAGUGCUCCUGCUCGUGAGCGACAGACACUCGGAUUGGAUGUUCCUUUCGUGUAAUGUUUUUGUUUCAACAAAUCAAUUACACCACACCACCAUUGCACCUUGCAAUCUCGAUCAUAGAGAAGGAUUAGGUUUGUAAAGCAUUUGUAAAUUCCACAAUUGACAAGAAAAUGGAUGGAUUCCUCACCUGCCAUUACCGAGCUAAGUUUUUCACGAGCUAUGCACGAUGAUGCCAUCGAAAUGAACGAACCUAUUAUUGGUUCCCAUUGCUUUUUAAAAGAAAACACCAGAAAAUAA